CUUAAACGGCAUUAUAUUUUCAAUUUUAUUUCCCACUGCACUCUAAAAAUUAUGAAACCUCACUUUCUCUCUCCACUCUCUCUCUAAAAAACACACACUACAGCUCUCCUCUCUGCUCUCACUCCAACAAACACACACAUACAAUGGUGGGGUUUUUGAUAUUGUUAGUUUUAACGGCUUCCAUUGGCUUUGUGAGCUCAGAUCUCGCCGGAGACAGAGCAGCACUUUUAACGUUGAGGGCCGCCGUCGCCGGCCGGACUAUGCUCUGGGACGCCUCCCAGAAAACCCCCUGUCAGUGGACUGGGGUCCACUGUGACCAGAAUAGAGUUACGGCGCUCAGGCUGCCCGGGGUUUCGAUAUCCGGCGAGAUUCCUGCCGGAAUUUUCGGGAACUUGACGGAGCUCCGGACGUUGAGUUUGAGGUUUAAUGCGCUCGCCGGUGAACUUCCAAGUGACCUUGGGAAGUGUGUGGGGCUACGGAAUUUGUACUUGCAGGGGAACAGAUUUUCCGGCGAGUUGCCGGAAUUUUUGUUUGGGCUUGAGAAUCUGGUAAGGUUGAAUCUUGCUGAGAAUAAUUUCUCGGGUCGCAUCCCAAAUGGGUUUAAUAAUAUGACCCGGUUGAGAACUUUGUAUCUUGAGAAGAAUAGGUUUGUUGGGUCAGUUCCUGACCUUAAUUUAAUUGGGCCUAAUUUGGGGCAAUUUAAUAUAUCGUUUAAUUCGCUUAAUGGGUCGAUUCCUAAGAGUUUAGAUGCAAUGCCUGUUAGUGCUUUUAUUGGUAAUAAAUUAUGUGGCAGUCCUUUAAAAGAUUCUUGUGUAGAUGCUAAGAAUAUAAGUGUUAAUGGUGGUGGGGAUGUUGGGAACAAGGAUGAUGAUGGGGGUUUAUCGGGUGGGGCUAUAGCGGGUAUUGUGAUUGGUAGUGUGGUUGGGGUUUUAGUGUUGUUGGGGCUUAUAUAUGUUUGUUGUCGAAAGAAGAGGAGUAAGAAGACUAGUUCGGUUGAUGUUGCAAAUGUGGCCAAUGUUAAGAGUCGUGAGACGGAGGAUGAGAAAAUGGCGGAGAUUGGUGGUGGUGGUGGUGGAAAUGGGUUUUCGGUUGCUGCAGCUGCUGCUGCAGCUAUGAUGGGGACGGGGAAAGUGGAUACUGUGAAUAGUGGUGCAAAUAAGAAGUUGGUGUUUUUUGGUAAUGUGGUAGGGAGGGAUAAGAUGUUUGACUUGGAAGAUUUGUUGAGAGCUUCUGCUGAGGUUUUGGGGAAAGGGACAUUUGGGACGGCUUAUAAGGCUGUUUUGGAGGCUGGGAUUGUCGUGGCUGUGAAGAGGUUGAAAGAUGUGACUAUAUCGGAGAAAGAGUUUAGGGAGAAGAUUGAAGCGGUUGGAGCUAUGGAUCAUGAGAAUUUGGUUCCACUUAAGGCUUACUAUUAUAGUAGGGAGGAGAAACUUCUCGUGUAUGAUUAUAUGCCAAUGGGGAGUUUAUCUGCACUUCUGCAUGGAAACAAAGGAGCUGGCAGGACUCCUUUGAACUGGGAACUCAGGUCGAACAUUGCUCUUGGAGCUGCCAGAGGCAUCGAGUAUCUGCAUGCUCAAGGUCCUAAUGUCUCACAUGGGAAUAUUAAAUCAUCAAAUGUCCUAAUUACCAAGUCCAACGAUGCCCGUGUCUCAGAUUUUGGACUAGCCCACCUUGUAGGAGCCUCAGCCACUCCAAACCGCAUUGCUGGCUAUCGUGCCCCUGAGGUAACCGACUCCCAUAAAGUCUCUCAGAAGGCUGAUGUUUAUAGCUUUGGUGUGUUGCUGUUGGAGCUUCUCACAGGAAAAGCCCCCACUCACGCACUCUUAAACGAGGAAGGGGUUGAUCUUCCAAGAUGGGUACAAUCAAUAGUUAGAGAGGAGUGGAGCUCGGAAGUCUUUGAUCUUGAACUCCUCAGAUACCAGAAUGUAGAGGACGAAAUGGUCCAGCUACUGCAGCUAGCUAUAGAUUGCGCAGCUCAGUUCCCUGACCAGCGGCCUACAAUGUCAGAAGUCACCCGGCAGAUUGAGGCGCUAUGUCGAUCAAAUGUUCUCAAUGAUCAAAAUCCAAAGCCCGAUAUCUACUAGGAAUCAAAUUAAGGGGUUUGUUUUGUUUCAAUGCAUGUCACCAUCUUAUUGAAAGUUAGCUCCAUGAAAUUACUGUGCCUAAAGUAGCAUAAACCUUUUCUUUUAAAAAUCUCUCUUUAGAUUUUGUUGAUUUUUAUGACCCUCAUCUUUAUGCUUCCUGAAAAUGAGGGCCACACCAGCUGUUUUUAAUUUAUUUCUUGUUGGGAAGAUGAUGGUUGCUGUAAUUACUCCUCCUUUAGCUUUCUUUAAAUUAUGACUACUCUUUUCCACCCACUUUAGGUGGUGAAAUUAAGAUGUUUCAUUUGCUUUUGUUA